ACCAGAAUCAACACUUCUUACUACACCGAUUGGACUCCCAUACACGCUUCGAAGAAAAGUGCUCUGAAUUUUUAACUUCAGGCGACACAUCUCUUGCAGCGAAAAUGAGGCUCACGGCGGAGCUAAUCCAAAAUUCCCUCUCGUACAUCAACCCUUUGGGCGAACGUGAGUUGGACCUUCGAGGCCACAAGAUACCUGCUAUUGAGAACAUGGGUGUUGCAUCCCGAGACCAAGAUUGCAUAGACUUCACCGACAAUGAUAUAAGCGUGCUCGGCAACUUCCCCCUGAGCCCUCGCCUUCAGACUCUCCUUCUCACACGAAACCGCAUCUCGAGCAUACAACCGACGCUGUAUCGGUCAAUACCAAAUCUGAAGUCGCUCGUCCUCACCCAGAACCGCAUCGUCGAGCUUGCAGACCUUGAACCACUUUCUAGACUGGAAAAGCUCACAUACCUCAUUCUCAACGACAACCCAGUCAAGACGAAGGAAAAUUAUCGAUUGUGGGUCAUUUGGCGAUGUCCCAAGGUGAGAUUCCUAGACUACCAGAAAGUGAGAGACGCGGAAAGACAGAAGGCAAAUGAGCUCUUUGGUUCGAUGGAAGAACCAACUGCACUCGCCGCAAAGAUCCUCAGCAUCAAGUCCAAAGCGACGUUUGACGUUGCGCCCACCGCCAAUGGUUCAAGCAGUAGCCGCGAGAUUCGUGUUAAGCUCACACCGAAGGAGCGGAAAAGAGUUGAAGAAAUGAUCAAAAAUGCAAAGAGCAUUCGUGAGAUGGAGGAGUUGGAGAGAAUGCUCAGCGAAGGGAAGAUACCAGGAGGCGUGCUUGACGAUGAGAUGGAGACUUGAACGACGAGAAAUGGAGAGAUAUCACGAUACCCGAGAAGAAAUCAUUCCGGGUCUUAUUCUUUCGGGUUGAAGGAUAAGAUCUAUGAAUGAUUGUACGAAAACACUGGCAGACAUAGUCUCGGCCGGUGGUAAAACCGUGUCCCUGAAAAAGGUAAUGAUACGAUGCUCUAUUUGAAAAGAGUACUCUUUAAUGUACUUCAGUGGCUACAAAAAAUCGACGAGGGCUUCGUCAAGCGACUUACCUUCCCGCAUCGGAUUAGCACCUGGCUUCGGCUCGAGCCCGAUGUGAUUGUUCCACACCACCCUCAUCCCGGCUGCUGCUGCGCCGACCACAUCGCCGCUGCUACCAGCAACGAAGAGCACGUCGUCAGAUGUCAAGCCAAGAGCCUUUAUACCGGCCUGGUACGCCUCCUCGCGAGGCUUGUAGAAGCUGGAUUGUCGUUAGCAAACUGCAUCUACACCAAUGUUCACUUUGCAACAAAGCGUACCCAGCUUCCUCAGCCGUCACCACA